CAGCCAGCUCAGAAACUCACAAAAGUGCUUCAAUUGGUGGUCCAAUUAUUUUUUCUCUUUUACAACUAUUUCACUUUUAAAUGACACCAUGUGCUUUGGGUCAGAGGUCGAGCGGGCAGUCUUUGACGGAUGAGUCUUUGUGGUAAUGGAGUUAUGUGUGAAAGGAGACCUCCUGAAGCAUAUCGAUGUAGAGGGGGCCCUACCUGAAGAUUCAGGCUGUAGGCUUUUCACGCAGCUCUGCAAUGCGGUCCAAUAUCUUCACAACAGUGACGUGGCUCACAGAGACCUGAAAUGUGAAAACACGCUGCUGGACACGCAUUUUAACCUCAAAGUGUGUGACUUUGGGUUCAGUAAGAGGAUUACUUACGCCGGUGGGCAUAUGAUACUGAGUAAAACCUUCUGUGGCACCUCGUCGUAUGCAGCACCUGAGAUUCUGAGAAGUUCACCGUACAACCCCAAAGUGUCUGACGUGUGGAGCAUGGGUGUCAUGCUGUUCAUGAUGCUCUUUGCUGUAAUGCCCUUUGAUUCCAGCAGCAUUAAGAAGAUGUUGAAAAUUCAAAUUCAGCAUGACAUCAGCUUCCCCGGCAUCAGGUCCGUUUCAUCUGACGCAAAGGACCUCAUCCACAGGAUCCUGCACCCUGUUGCGGAGGACAGAAUUACAAUCGGCAACAUUUUGAAGAGUUCCUGGAUUUUGCGGGACAUGAAGUUGGAGGACGAGGAGGUGGCCACCACAUCAAACGCCAGCCCUGAGAAGGAAGAAACUCCAAAGGAAAAGGGAACAGAGGAAGAUAAACUUUCAAAAGCCAUCAAAGAACCGGUGGACGAACCGUCACCUGCUGACAAAACUUGAAAUAAAUACAUGAAUUAACAACAUGCAUUUUUGUGAAAUUAUCCUGUUGUUAUGCUUUUUGUUUGUUCUUAUCACUAUGGGUUGAUGUUUCGGCUGAAAAGUAUGCUGGUUUUUACAGUGACUUUUUGUAUGUUGACAUAAAUUAGAUGAUAUAUUUUUCACGUACUACGACAAA